CUUUCACAAAGUAUUAAAAUGGAUUCUUCAACCAUUAAAUUGAACGUAACUCACUCAGCAAGUAGCAUGAGGUUCCAAGAACUUAGGUUCGACAUGAACCAGACCAUUCUCAGCAUUAAGCAGUCAUUAGAAAUGAGACUCGGUUCAACCUCAGAUGGAAUGUCUCUUCAACUUAAAAACACUAGUGAUGAGGUAGUCGCUGAGAUGGGUAAUGAUGAAGCUCUGCUAGGUCAUUAUGGCCCAGCAGAAUACUACACCAUUCAUGUAGUAGACUCAAAUCCUGGCAUUGAUUUCUCUGAAUUUGAAGAUGUCUCUAAAGUUGAGAAAUACAAAAUCUCUGAUGAAGAUUACGACAAAAGAGAUGAUACCUUCAAGAAGUUCAAAGAGAAGAUGAUCAAGAAGGACCCUAACUUUAUAACCAAGAAUAAGAGAAAAAUUGAAGAUGACUACCAAGAAGAAGAAGCCAAGGCUAUCGAAACUGGAGCUAGAUGAGAAGUUAUUGUUGGUGAAAGAAGAGGAGAAGUUAAAUACGUGGGGAAGAUUCCAGAACUCGCCAAUGGCUAUUGGGUCGGUAUCGAGCUUGAUGAACCAACCGGUGACUCCAAUGGAACUAUUAGUACAACUGAAUAUUUCUCAUGUGGGGAUAAAUACGGACUUUUUGUCAGACCUCUGGACAUGAAAGUUGGUGAUUACCCUCCAAUUGACAUCUUUGAUGAAGAGAAUGAUGAAAUUUAAUUGCAUAAUCAUUUAACUC